AUGUGGACCGCAGCUGAUCUCAGUUCAUACACACACACACAUACUCUCACUUGCUCACACUAAAAACAGAAGGAAUUUAUAGUUUUAUAAGAAAGAAAUUCACAAAUACACAUAGCUCGGGGAUCUUGACUGAAUCUGGCAUCAUGAGUCUUAAACAGCCCUGCAUCUUUCUCAAAGGAGCCAAAAAGAGACAUUCAAGAGCACUUACACGUGAUGAGAUAGAAGAGUUACGUGAAGCUUUUGUAGAGUUUGAUAAGGACAAGGAUGGUUUAAUAAGCUGUAAAGACUUGGGGAACUUGAUGAGGACCAUGGGUUAUAUGCCAACUGAAAUGGAGCUGAUAGAACUGAGCCAAAACAUCAACAUGAACCUUGGUGGGCGGGUGGAUUUUGAGGAUUUUGUCGACCUAAUGACCCCCAAGCUUCUGGAUGAAACUGCAGGGAUGAUUGGUUUGAAGGAACUCAAAGAUGCUUUCAAAGAGUUUGAUUUAGAUGGCGAUGGUGCUAUCACUUCUGAUGAGAUGAAACAUGCUAUGUUGAAGUUGAUGGGCAAACACACCAGCAAAAAUGAAAUUGAUGCAGUGGUCAAGGAGGCUGACAACAACGGUGAUGGAACAGUUGACUUUGAGGAGUUUGUGAAAAUGAUGUCACAGAAAUGAGAACAGAGGAAUGAUGAAAGGAGCGGAUGUAUUUUUAUUACGUUUUCUGUUAUUGUUGUUUUGUAAUUUCUGGUAAUGGGCUCCUGCAUCACUGCUAGAUAAUGUGGCACUCAUUAGUUUUUAAAAAUCUUACUUAUUAAUUUAUGGAUUUGCUAUUGUCAAAAUUUGUUAGCUCUAGAAAGCCAGACCUGAUUUUGUGUAUUUGUCACUUGUCCCCUUCUUUCUUAAUGCUCUGAACGUGUCCAAGUUAAAAAUGACAGGUUGUAUCUGUGUCAUUGUUUGAUUUUUAAAAUUUAUAAAUAAAUAUAAAAAAUUAAAAAUAGCAACUCUACAGUAUAUUAAGUUAAUUUAUGAUCUGGACAGACUUGGUGGGCUGCAGUGCAUACUGAUAUUUCAUGCUGGAAGUGAUUUACAUUGCAUGAAUUCCUUCCUGGACAUUUUCACCUAUAUUAGUACUGCAUGUUUAGCUGAAAUUCUUGUUUUUGGCUCAGAAAAAGGAUUGCAAUUUAUGUAAAACUACAGAAGGUCAUUGAUUUGCAGUUUAACUUAGCAGUGGAGUUUACUGACACGCUAAUUACUGUAUUCCCUGAACAGAUACAUGCAUUUCCCCACUUUUACUGCUAAUCACCAGACAGGAAGUGUAGUCUAAGUGGUGCUGUGUUCUUGGAUUUUAAUAACCCUUAUUUGGAUAAAACAUCAGAGAUUAGGUUUCUUUAUUGCUCUGUGACAUGUGAGAUAAUUAAAACAUAUGUGAUGAUUGUGGUAGAGAU